CUCGGAUUCAUGUGCCGCCCGGCUACCGUACGGUCUAGCCGCGUGUUCGUCAGUCGGACCGGCCGAAGGAAAUCGUCCACCGUCGUCCAGCACACGAGUCCAACCAUCAACGAUCCGCCGUUUGCAAGUGUCCGUCACGUGACCCCUCAAUGUGCUUUUGAUGAAUCGACCAAAGAGGAAACGAGGUGCUACCGCAGAUUAAUGACGUCCUAGACGUCAAAAGGGUUUGGUUUAUUUCCGCCACCACUUCGAUGUGUCCUUGACGUUUUUUUGGCAGCAGUGUCGACGUCGGUGAUAUUUCUCGCUAAGGGAAAAUGAACCCAACAUUCGCUGUCCUAACGACUUUGACUUUGACGUUGUUGCCAUUUGCCCUGUCCACCAGCAAUCUUGUCUACGUCUCGGUGAUCCAUGGCAAUGAUCAAGGAUCGGUCCUGUACAGGACCAUGGACAGGGCCAUGCCUCCGUCGGUGCGGGUCCUAUAUGCAAAGCUCCCCACCAACAAAUUCAGCGUGGAUGCAUUAGAAGCAGUGCUAAACUUGUGGGCAAACAAAACCAUCGUAGCGUGCCUGUUACUGAUACCAGAGCCCAUCGGAUUGCUACCAGCUCUAACCGCUUCCAAGUAUCGAAUACCAGUGUUAUGGUUACCGGCUUUGUCUCGUGUAGAUCAGGAAAAUUGGAGUGAUUUUGUGGUCCGAGCUACCAUUACGCCUUGGGAAAUAUUUGCAGCCUUAAGAUCAUUUUUGCUUCAUACAAAAUGGCACAAGUUUUACGUUUUGCAUUCGUUGACCAUAACGUCGGAUGUACAAACGAUGCUUGGAAAAUCUCCUUUGAGUUACACAUCAAUACCUAUCUCAACAGACACCCCGGAUUCGACGGCAUUCAGGUCAAUGAUGGAGCUGUCGACCUCGGACGCGUCCGUUGUCGUGGUGGCCGGCGACCGGGCGAUGGCGCAGUCGGUUUGGCGUCAGGCCACCGCGGUCGGGCUGCUGCCGGCCGGCAACAUAGCGUGGGUUUGGCUGGACGUGGGCAACACGAACAACUCGACGGGCAAGUACAAGAAGGGCAACGUGCCGGUGGGCAUGCUGUCGUUGCGGCCGGUGCCUCUGGAAACCGAAAAGCACACCAUCAGGGCCGCGGUCCGGGCGUUCGCCGACUGCAUUAAGGACGCGAUGGCGGCCAGGUGCGAAGGAUGGACUCCCAAAGUGGCAAGAGUCACGGAUGCGUGCGUUGACGUCUUGAGGGGUGAAGAGUUCCCGGCCGAUUUGUACAAGCAAUUCAAGAGCGCGGUUCACGAUCUGCUGUCCGGCCGGGCGAUCGGUCGCCGAGCUAAAGCCAACGCGGACAAACCCGACCUAAGUCUUGCCGUUCGCUUCGACAUCAUGAACUCGGUAGCGAGCAACAAGCACACGUCAAAAGGUUAUACCAGAGCUUGGAAGAAAGUCGGCGCCGUCGGUCCAUCGUCCACGGGCGAGCAGACGGUCAAAUUGGACUCUGUGGUGUGGGCGGGUGGGAAAAUGGUGCCGGGCGUCGGUGUGAACAGACAGGCCGUAUACAGAGUGGUCACGGCGAUCGGACCGCCCUUUGUGAUGCGCGCCCCCAUGCAACAGGACUGGCAGUGUUUGCGGGGCGUACGGUGCUACCAGAUGACCACCACGAACAAGGACAACAUCACGAUGACGUUCAAAGACAUCAAGUUGGGAUUGCACCCCGAGCUCAUGCCGGAAACCUAUUGUUGUUACGGGCUGUCUAUUGACCUGCUCGAGAAAAUGGCCAAGGACCUGGAGUUCGAUUUCCAUCUGUACUUGGUGGCUGACGGAUCGUUCGGUUCGAGGAAAAUCAAAUGGAACGGGGUGGUCGGAGAUUUGGUAUCGGGUUCCGCUCACAUGGCGUUUUGCCCUCUGAGCAUCACGUCCGGAAGGUCUAAGUCGAUCGACUUCUCGGCACCGUAUUUUUACAGCGGCGUGUCCAUGAUGGUCGCUCCAAAACGAAAAACCAACGUUCCUCUGCUCGCUUUUCUGUUGCCGCUAAGUCCAAGUCUUUGGAUCGCUAUAUUCGUGUCGCUCCACGUCACGACCGUGGCGGUGGCCCUGUACGAAUGGUUCAGUCCGUUUGGUCUAAACCCUUCGGGCAGGCAGAGGUCCAAAAACUUUGGGAUGCCAUCGGCCUUGUGGGCGAUGUGGGGUCUUCUGUGCGGCGCGUUGGUCAACUUCAAAGCACCGAAAUCGUGGCCAAACAAGUUUUUGAUAAACGUCUGGGGUGGAUUUUGUGUGAUAUUCGUGGCCAGUUACACGGCCAACAUUGCAGCCCUGAUCGCAUCGCUUUUGUUCCAAAACGUUCAAGUCGACUACAACGAACGCAACAUACUGACAUUGAGAGUGGGAGCAGCUAAAUCGUCUGCCGCUGAAUUAUACUUGAAAGACAAGAACCCAGAGCUGUGGCAACAGGUCCAGAAAUAUUCUGUUCCCGACACGGCUACGGGCAUGGGGCUGUUGAGGAACGGUAGUUUGGAUAUAUUCGUCGGCGACAAACCCAUCUUGGACUACUACAGCGGCACUGACCACGAUUGCAAACUCAAAGCGCACGGUGAUCCGAUUUACGAAGACGUGUACGCCGUGGGCAUGACGAAGGGCUUCGUUCUUAAGGAAAAAGUCUCUGCCACCGUUUCCAAGUACGUCAACAACGGUUUCAUGGACAUUUUGCAAAACAAGUGGUUCGGCGAAUUGCAGUGCGUCGACCGCGAAAUGGAAACCUCAGACUUGGGUCAACCGACUCCGCUGGGGGUGGAUGCUUUUUUGGGCGUUUUUCUGAUGUUGAGCUGCGGCAUCGGGGCCGGCGUGUUCAUUCUAAUCUGCGAGCACAUUUUCUAUCAUUAUGCGCUACCCAAGCUCCGGCAGUCGGCCCCAGACUCUCUUUGGCGCAGUCAAAACGUGAUGUUCGUAAGCCAAAAACUCUACAAGUUCAUCAACAGCGUCGAACUGAUAUCGCCGCAACACACUGCCAAGGAGUUGGUGCACACCUUGAGACAAGGUCAGAUCGCAUCUCUGUUCCAAAAGAGCGUACGCCGGGUUAGUUUGCCGUUCAUGCAUCCGCAACACGCUCAGAAAGAAUUCGAAAAGAGAAAGCGGAAAGGACAGUUCUUUGAAGUCAUUGAAGAAAUCCGAAGAAUUCAAAAAGAAGAACGGGAAAACAAGAAACAGACCGUCAGACUCUCGAUAUCCAAUUCACCCACCGGACAAUCACCGAAACGAACCAAAUUUUUGUCGCCGGCCCGACUGAACCUGGGCAGAAGGUACAGCAAACAGAGGUCCAGGAGUUCGGGCAACUUGAGUAUCCGCCGGUACAGCACGGACGUGGUGAGCUAUUCGGAGAACGUCGGUCGCAGACUGAGCCAAGGCGCUUCGAACAGUCCCCCCGACUUCAACACGCGCAAACAGUUGAUAAGGAGGUCGUCCGGAAAUCCUAGCCCGGCCGAUUCAAGCAGGAUGAGCAUAUUUUCCGCGUCCGAACUCAUCGGCGCCAAACUCAGCAAUAACAAUCUGUACGUGGAGAACGACUUGCCUCGCAGUCCCAACCUACUAUCGCCCGGCGUGUUUUUCAGGUCGAGUUUUUCGUCGGACACGUCGUCGUCGCGACCCGACUUGGGAAACCCCAGCCGGAAGUCGAGCUAUUCGCAAGGUCCGCCUAGGGUGGUGAUCAACGGCGAACAACAGACUAUCCGUCGGAAGUCAGACGACGAACCGUCGGUGACGUUGCCGAGAAUAGUGGAGGGCAAGAGGGACAGGAGGUCGAGCGACGGACACAGGCCGAAGAACCGGAAGUCCGUGGAAGUGUUCCGGUGGCUCAGGCAAGCGCCCAAGACUGAGUUGGAGGCCAUGAGCAAGAUGUCUGAAAGCGAGAUCAAGCACUGUAUACUGCAGGCACUCCAGGAAAGAGAUCCGACUUGAUCGCCCUGGCGACGAUUCCAAUACGAUUUGUAAUAAUGAAAAAAAAAUUAUAACAACACUUUAAGUACGUAUCUGCCAUAAAACUUUAUGGAACUUAAACUAGGUAGAUAUUUAGACUUUGAUUUCGUAUCUGGCCUCAGAUAUUUUCAAACGCUUCCAGUGCUUUUUGAAACCCACUUAAUAUUAUACAUAAUAAGGUAAAACUAUACAUGAAAAUAAAACUUACUACUACUUACUAAAACUUAUAGAAUGUGAUAAAUAAGUUGUUAGGCGAUUUCAGAUUCUAGCUUAGGUUUUAUUUGAUUUGAUUCACUUCUUAUUUAAACGAGUGGUAAUUAAAUUAGAUAAUCAUGACAAAACUACCGCUAUGAUUUUAAUGAUAGACUCCUUGUAUCGUAGCCGUUUCCAUAAAUAAAUCUCAUUUAAGUUUUCUAUAUAUGAUUUUAGGCAUAGUUUGUGAUGAGACUAGUUAUUAGUAAUAUAUAUAUAUGGAUGCUAACAUAAGGUUAGAUAUUUUUUAAUAUGGACAUAAUUAAAUACAACAAUUUUCAAAUCGAAUUCAUUCGCGAUUUCUUUAGUGAGUUACAAUAUACCUAAAACGUACAUUUCAUUCAGAUAUAUGGUCAAAAAAUAUCAAACUAUCAAAUUGAUACAAGAGUCGAUUUAUAAGUCACAAUUUAUUAAAUUGGUCGGUUUUUGAAAUCCAUCAAAAUGUAUCCGGAAGUAAAUUUAUAGGCGCAUUACGAUUUAUCAGUAAAUCAAGAUUUCGUACAUUGUAUCAAUUCCCACCUCUUAUUAUACUAUGUAAGUUAAAUUUAAAUCUCCUUCUCCUGUGUUUAAAUACAACUAUUAUUAUACGUAUAUAAAAUAAUAUUUUUGACAGCUCGAGACAGAACUCGUGAGUAAACGAUUGGCACUAGAAAAACAAAUUCUUAGACCAGAUUCGAAAUCAAUAUCAAUAUAAAAUUAUUUACAAAAUAUAAUUUUAUAUGUUUUUGUCAUUAAUGUAAAAACAAUUUUUAUUCAGAUCAUAGACACCUAAAUUGUAUAAAUAAAAAUGCUCAUUGUUGACUUUUUUUUUGUUAUUUCUUCCCGACAAUGAAGAUUGUCUGAACUAAGAUUGUGAAUGUUUAAAGUAAAAAUAUAAGUAUAUAAUACUGUGUUGUAAUAAUAGGCGACGGCUCAAAAUGUGUAGGUUGUAAGUGCAAUGACAGCUGAAGAGAGGAUAUUAAAAGUGUAUAAUUUUGGUUAAUAGGUAUUUAAUGUUCGGCACUAAUAAUAUAUAUAUAUUGCAAUAUAAUAAUAUUAUAUUAUUGUUGUACUUUAGACAUAAGCGUUAAUUUUAUUAAAAAAACAUUUAAUCACGCUCAUGUUAUUAUUAUUAUUAUUCACUUUUAAUGUAAUAUAUAAAAACGUACAAAUACACGGAUAAUAACGAUCAAUCAAUAUUAGGUAAGAAAAGCGAAUCUUUACACAUGAAUUAACCCUUACCCGUUACACCCCCCUCCCCCCAAAAAAACACCCCUUCACCGAAUCUUUUAUAAGUACAGUUUUAUUUUUGAUGGUGUUAAAUAAACCCAUAAACCAAUUCCCAAGACCUAUAAUAAUCCGGAAUUUCAAAACCAGACAGUAAUACAUUUUUAAUUUGUUCAAAACAAUAUAUUUUUCGGGGUUUCAAUAACUCAAAACUGUUAUCAACGAAAUAUUGUUAAAAUAUUAUUCAAAUAUUACCAUUUGGGGGGGGGGGGAAUUUCACAUAUUUUAUUUACAUAAAGAUAAAAAAUAUAUAAUUAUUAUGGAAAUAUAUUGGUUUUACUUAAGCGACAUUAUUUUGAGAAAAUUUAGAAAAAAUUUAAGUGCUUAUCUAUCUGGGAAUGAGUUACAAAUAACCCAAUACCUAAUAAAUCAGGUGCAGAUCUUUCGACGAUAAUUGGGUUCACAGUUUUUCUUACUACCUUCUAGUAUGUAAUUUUUUUUUCAAUUGUUUUUAUUUGUAUUUCUUGUUAUUUGUAUUAUUGUUAUUAUUAUUAUUGGUAUUAUUCAAUAUUGCGCGUUGUCGUUAUUAUUGCUACCGUUAUAAUAUCGGUAAUAAUGUUCCUCGUUACAAAUGUUAUUAUCGCGGUGGAUGAAUAUUAUAAAUAUACUUAGUAGUACCUACUAAGUUAGUACUCCUUGUAAGUGUAAACACCAUUUCGAAAUAGUAGAUAUUAUUUUAGGCCGACAUCUCUAACACGUUGCCACCAUCAUCGCCGUUAACGCAUUAAAUUCUUAUUGUAUACAUAUUACUAUUAUUAUUAUUAUUAUAAACUUUAUUAUCGUGUCGUUUAAAGUAAUAUAACAUUAUUAUACGAUA